GCUGCGUGCCAGUGUGUGAUAGACGUCUAACUGCAGCAGAUAUGGCAUCAAUUAAUGUGGAUCAGAUAUUAGAGUAUAACUCGGACACGUUGCCGUUUCUAAGAAAACAAUAUAAUUUGUACAAACCAGACCGGUUGGAGGAAGCCAUCGCAAUUUUACAGGAUUGGCUCAGCAAACAAGCCCAUAUCGUUAGAAAAAAUUAUUCUAAAGACUAUCUGGAGAGGACUAUAAUUCUCAGCAAAGGUUCCGUUGAAAGAGCGAAGAUGAAAUUAGACAAAAUUGCGACAUAUCGUACUUUGUUACCACAUUUUUUUGAACCUAUACCUAAUGCUGCAAAACUGCCUGUAUUAGAUUUGAUACCUAUUGGAUUUUUACCAAAAAUGACUAAAGACCAUUACAGAGUGUUUUGGGUAAAAAAUAACGCGAAUAAAUACGAUUCAUCAGAUAUUUCAGAAUUCUACAGAAUAUUAGUUAUGCUUUGCGAGUACCUACAAAGCCACGACUACUGCAACGGUAUUCUAACGGUGUUCGAUUACAGAGGUACAAACAUUUUCGAAAUGGUGAAAUGCUUAAAUGUCACCGAAAUGCAUCAAAUUCUCAAAAUCAUUAUGGACGGUUUCGGUAUGAGAAUAAAAGGCAUUCACUUUAUAUCAACAUCUAAAGCAAUAGAAACAUUUAUUACGUUGUUUAAACAAGUAUUGAGUGCAAAAGUUGCUGAACGAAUUCAAGUGCAUCAAAACAUUGACAGUUUAUACGAUUACAUUCCCAAAGAAAUUAUGCCCAGAGAUUAUGGUGGCCAGGAGAAAACGGUUUCCGAACUCAGUCGUGACAUGUCAGCAGUAUUGAGUACCGAAAACAACUUAAAAUAUUUCAAAGAGAUGCAAUGCGCUUGCACCAAUGAGAACUACAGGCGCGAGGACAAAUUCAAUGACCAGUAUAUGGGGACGCCUGGUUCGUUUCGAAAACUAGCUGUUGAUUAAAAAAAAACCAAGAUUAUUAUAAUAUUAAAUAUUAUUAUAUUAUUUUUAUUUAGCAAUUCUGCUUUGCAAAGACAACAUGUUAAGCAUGCUCCGGUGUCAGAGCUUCAUUUGCGAUGUGAUUGUAAAGAUUGCAGGAAUUAUAAAUUGCGCCUUGCAGAUUUGCCCGAUUUUCUAGGAUUAUAAAAAAUGUUAUCAAAUUAUAAUCAAAUCUUAGUGUCUUGCAUAAAUAUUUGCGGUGCCCCGAAAACUAAGGUGCUGCGAAAUCAGAGAAACUUUUUAUCUUGUGUCGAACACAAAACUAUUUUGAAUAUUAUGUUUUUUUAUUAAUAAUAAAUUAACCACUACGUGUGCAGAUGUAGACAUUUUGAUGUCCAGUUGUGCUUCCAUCCGAUAUAGAAAGAUUGGCAGUGAAACGUACCGAACACUUUUUGAUGAGCAACUACUCCCCGAAUUGUACCGAUUGACAACCCAACAGGCGCAGUGGUGGCCGCUUUGGUCUGAUGAAUAGGAGGUCCCGAUCCGCGGCAGUGGCAAUUGGAAUUUAUGAUUUCAGAAAUUUUCUCUGGUCUGGUCUGGUGGGAGGUUAAGAUCACCCUAUCGACAAAGAUCAUGUGUGUUUAAUACUGUAUCAUAAUUUAUAACUUACAUACUAGAUUCAGAUUACACUUUAGAUUAUGGUCGAAGACUAACUCGGAGUGAAAGAGGAAGGAAUUACAUUUUAAGCGUAAUAUUUUAAAUUCUAUUUGGAAAUUGAAACUUUGUAUUUAUUUUGCAACCGAUAAACACUAAUUAAAAACUUAUUGGUUUUAAAUUACUUAG